CCGUGCGGCCUGCAGGGCGGCGCUGUGGCUCCGUGUCCCCCCCUCUCUCUGACACGGGGGAAGCAGCAGCUCACAGUCCGCGGUGUGUCGCUCGGUGGACGGCCUUGCCUGCUCUGGAUCCAGCCUGUCGGAACUGCAUCGAAACGAGAGCAACGUGGGACAAAGUCGGUAAAGAUCAGGUGCUGUUCAGGUUUUGAUAACCGCGACUGAGAGACGUGAACAGAGAGAGAGAGAGAGAGAGAAAUCCACUGUUCCCCUCCCCGACCUCCUGCUCCUGACCCCUCUCUGAAACAUGUCUCUCACCAUGAAUGAAGUUAAUGUCGUCAGAGAGGGCUGGCUCCAGAAAAGAGGUGAAUAUAUCAAAACAUGGAGGCCCAGGUAUUUCAUCCUGAAGAGUGACGGUUCCUUCAUCGGUUACAAGGAGAAGCCCGAUUUAAACGACCAGACUUCACCGCCACUCAACAACUUCUCAGUGGCAGAAUGCCAGUUAAUGAAGACCGAAAGACCCCGAGCCAACACAUUCGUCAUCCGUUGCUUACAGUGGACUACUGUCAUUGAACGCACCUUUCACGUGGACAGCAAUGAGGAGAGAGAGGAGUGGAUGUGGGCCAUCCAGUCUGUGGCAAAUAGUCUGAAGAUGCGGGAACACGAGGAGGAGGAACCGAUGGAUUUGUUCGGCUCGCCCAGCGAAAGCAGCCUGGAGGAGAUGGAAGUGGCGAUGUCCAAGAGCGGCAACAAAGUGACUAUGAGUGACUUUGAGUAUCUGAAGCUGCUCGGUAAAGGAACGUUUGGGAAGGUGAUUCUGGUCAAAGAGAAGUCCCACGGAGUUCAUUAUGCCAUGAAGAUACUGCGGAAAGAAGUCAUCAUAGCCAAGGAUGAGGUGGCCCACACAGUCACAGAGAGCAGAGUGUUGCAGAACACACGGCAUCCCUUCCUCACGACGCUGAAAUACGCCUUCCAAACCCACGACCGGCUCUGUUUUGUAAUGGAAUACGCCAACGGAGGCGAGCUCUUCUUCCACCUGUCACGGGAACGAGUGUUCACAGAAGACCGGGCUCGUUUCUACGGCGCCGAGAUCGUAUCGGCACUCGAGUACCUGCAUUCACGUGACGUUGUUUACCGCGAUCUGAAGCUGGAGAAUCUGAUGCUGGACAAAGACGGCCACAUCAAAAUCACUGAUUUUGGUCUCUGUAAGGAGGGCAUCACCCCCGACGCCACCAUGAGAACCUUCUGUGGAACUCCUGAAUAUCUGGCGCCUGAGGUCCUAGAAGAUAACGACUACGGCCGGGCAGUGGACUGGUGGGGUCUGGGUGUCGUCAUGUAUGAGAUGAUGUGCGGCCGUCUGCCUUUCUACAACCAGGACCACGAGCGUCUGUUUGAACUCAUCCUCAUGGAGGAGAUCCGCUUCCCCAGGAAUCUGUCGCCCGAGGCCAAGUCGCUGCUGGCCGGUCUGCUCAAGAAAGACCCCAAACAGAGGUUAGGUGGAGGUCCUGAUGAUGCCAAAGAAGUAAUGAGUCACAAAUUUUUUAUCACCAUCAACUGGCAGGAUGUGGUGCAGAAGAAGCUCACUCCACUGUUCAGACCACAAGUGACAUCAGAGACAGACACCCGGUACUUUGAUGAGGAGUUCACAGCGCAGACCAUCACACUCACUCCUCCAGACAAGUAUGCCAGUCUGGACUGCGAGGACCCGAGCCAGCCAGCACAUUUCCCCCAAUUCUCCUACUCUGCUAGCAUAAGAGAGUGAUAGCACCUCUGCCACACACACACACACAAACAAACACACAAACACAUAUACAAAUACACGAGGCAUGAACACCCUUUACAGCUUUCAAAUGACCGAAACCUCCAUGAGGUUUUUUGGUCCCGUCAGGAUCUAAGUGCCUCAGCUGGUGGCCAUAUUGUUCUAUAGAAACCCCUUCGUCCACACUACGGGCAAUGCCUGGCCACGCUGGCUGUACUGUAUCAAACUGGACUUUCUCAGAUCGACACAUUACCUUACAAUAACACUCUCCUUUUUUUUAUGGUCUUACGAGAAGCCAUACAGUUUCUUCACCGAGUUUCCAAGUGCUCUUCUUCAGAACUUCGCUGUUGCCGCCGGCGACAGGCGGGUUUGUUAUACGAGGGAGGAAAAAGCGUGGCGGUUUGUCGGGUGUGUUUUUCUGUAAGGUGUGUGUGUGGAUUAUUUCUUCAUUUCUUUUUUUUUUUUUUCUUUUGAGAAAACAGGGGGCAUCGAAUCCAAACUGUACGUCAUCAGUUUUAUCGGAGUGUGUCUGGCGAGAGCAUGAGGAUUUGUGUGUGUGUGUGUGUGUGUGUCUUAAUACAACGCUUGCCCCGAUAUGCAUCAGGAACAACUCGACAAAAAAAAAGAAAAGUGAAGGUGUCGGACAGAGAGGCUGUCCUCUUUAAAAAAAAAACUUUAAAAAAAAAACUGUAAGCAAUGAAAACAAAUCAUUUGUAUAUUAGUUUGCUCUCAUCUCAGAAUGUGAUCCUUGAUGACAGAAAGUGCGACACAGCAAUUAACGGGAAUUGGGAAUACCUUAAUGCACAAGGUGUAUAUGUUAUUUUUUUAAAACAAAGGUUUUUUUAAUUCUAACACAUUUUUUUGAUCUUUCUCGAUCAGCAAACAAAAAACACACACACCAGCCAUGUGAUUGGAGAGGCUUAAUAAGCACUUAGUGAGUUGAAGCAGACCUAAUCUUUCUCAGAUGGACGACGUGUUCGUGAUGGAGCGUCGAAGCCCUCCCAGGGAUCCGCGUUUGAAACGUGAGGACAAAAGUUGCGUCAAAUGUGCGGUCGGACUCAAAAUGCUGUCGACGUCCGCCGUCGGAUCAUCAGCUGCUUGUGUUUAGGCGACGUUUAACGUUUGAGAACUUUGUCUCUUCGUACUGAAACUCGGGCGUAUCGGCAGCGAGCUGAAAUCACGGCACUUUGAGAAAUCAUGUUCAUAUUUGAAGUGUCAUUUAUUAUUAUUUAGCAUUUAGCAGUUCACUCAUAGCUUUCUAUAAACGUCUUUCUUCAAGUCAUACAUCAACUACUGGAGACGUCUUACGGUUUGUGAUCGGACGCGUCUAAACACAAUCGGCUUCAACAUUUGAGAACUUUCGCCUCAUCGCUCGUUGAAAUCCUCAAAUUAAGAACGUCAGGAAACAGUUAUUCGUACUGGUGUAUCGACGACCAGUCCCAGCACUGAACUGAAAUCACUGCACUUUGUUCAUGUUUGAAGUGUCAUAUUGUUUCAGAGCUAACUCUAGAUUCUACGAGUCUUUCUAUGAAAGUCGUCUUUCACCAUCUCAACCUUACUGGGCAGACUUCGUGUCCUCCUCCACCUUCUGUGCGUCGUCCGUCGAUCUCUUUGCUGUUCCACUUCAUCCGUCGGUGAACUGUCGCUGUGAUCCUUAGCUGAAGAGCUUCACAAUCAUCCGGGGAGGCUGCGUACACAUCAUGAACACGGUCCAUCGUGAGGUUUUGUGUUUGAGUGCAAUGGUCACUUGCAAGGAUGUCUUUUUUUUAAAAAAUAUAUCAACUCUUCCCAUCUAUUAUUAAUCGCUGCACAUCGAUAAAUGAGUUGGUGUACUGGUAAGAUUUGCAAUACUGUAUAUGAAACCCAACGUUGUAUUGGUGCUACACUGCUGAGUCACUGGUGAUAAAUAAGAGCUCGACUCUUCCCGUCGCUCACAGAGCCUUCUACCACAAAUGCUGUUUUGACAUCGUUUCCGUUAUUAUUCUUUUUUUUCUUCUUUCGUCUGGAUUUACUCGUCGUCUUCUCCUCCAUCCUUCAUCCUUCGUGUACCCUGAACCUCCGCAGAUGGUCUCAGAUUAAGAAAAAGCAUCAUGGUUGAGAGAAACGUUUGUGUUUUCAGUUACAUUAUUCUAUUCAAACAAUUCAUUUCUAUUUGUUGAUGAAUGUAAUUCUGAAAGACAAUGAUCCAAUACACGUUUUUAACUGUCUUAAUA